AGUAAUAUUUGUUGCUUUAUAAUUACCUUCAUAAAAAUGGCAAAUGCUGGUGCAUUGAACGAUCAUUCUUAUCAUCAAGGAUUGUCUUUUGGUGACAAGAUGUAUCCUAUCGGUGGAGAAGAAGAAUUGGAAAUGUUUCAAGUGUUACAGGAAAAUCGUAAGAAGCAGGAACUUAUACAGAAGAUGAUGGAACAACAGCAUGAGCUUCGUGCUUUGCAGGAGAGGCAGAGACAACUAUUAAAAGCUCAACAACAAUAUUCUGAGUUAGAUUAUGCCGCUGAGAAUGAGUUGAAAGAGAAGUUAAGCAGACUUCAAGCUGCGAAGAGUAAAAUAACUAAGCUGCAAGAUUUGAUUAAAGUUGUGCAAGAAGCUGGUGAUGCAGAUGUGGUGAGCUCCCAUGAUAAAAGUGGACAGAAGAUAGUGGAAUUGGGCGAAAGUUUCAAUGAUUGUUCUCGACCAGUAAAUGAGAAGUUGGAUGAAUUGAAUUCUGUUGUUCGUAAUUUACUGAGGGAUAUUGACCAAAUGGAACAUUUAAAUGCUUCGUUGGAAGAAGAAAUGCAAAAGUCUGACCACAGUGAUGCGAAGAAACAGUCUCAGCGAGAUCUAAUUCAAAACACUGAAUAUUCAGAAGAAAGAUUUUAUCAAAACCCUGCUUUGGCCUCACCAUUGCCUAUUGUUAAAGUUAUUGGAAAGAAACAAGAUUUAGAAAGAAGUAUUGGUUAUGGUGAAGGGGUUACACAGACGUCACGCAGCAGCACGCCAUCAAAGUCUCAAUAUUACAUUGAACGCCAUGAUGUAGGUAAUGCAAAUGUUUCGCAAAUUACUCCGGUCAAAGUGAGUCCACGUGAAGAGGUUGAACAAGAAGUUAAUGAAUCAGCUUCUGCUUUGAACUGGGAGAUGAAGAGACAGCAGUUGCUUCUACAGGAGCUGUCCCAGCGUCGGGCAGAGCUCGAAGCUUUAAUUAAAGAAAGCCAAGGAUCAGAGUAUAACGUGGCUGAAUCAAUAAAGGAAGAAGAAGAACCAAAGGAAGAUGUUACAAGCGAUAUCCGACCACCGAUGAGUCUUAAUGAAACAAACAUAAGGAACUUAAUUGAUAAUUUGAGAUCCUCAAGUUUGGACGGCACGACACAGAAAACUACGGCAACCUGGGGUUCUAGUUCUGCAAGUUCUGUGUCGGAGAUGGAAAAUCAAAGUUUUUCUGUUCAAGAUGAUAGACAGGUGUGUGACUUCUCGCAGCAGUGGAUGGAAAGAAGCAACCAAGGGACACAAACCCAGUUUGAAACAUCCAACGAGUAUGAAGCGUACGAAUCAUUUCUUGAUGAGAGUUAUAAACAAUUUGGUGUAGAUGAACAUGCAGAUGAACCAUGGGAGAAUGUGGCAUUUGAAUUAUGGGAUGCAUUGGAAAGAAAUACAAAGAUGCUGAAGAUUUUGAUGGAUGAUCAACGAUCACUAUCUGGCCUUCUGCAAAACACAAUAAGUGUUCGAAAUGGUUUUGAUGGGAAUUCUGUCUCUUAUGGAAUAUCGCCAGACUUUAUUAUCUACCAGUUGGAUAACUGCUCAGCCCAGAUAUUUGCUUGCCAGAAAAACAUCACUGUCCUUCAGCAGAAGCUUAAUAAGAUGCAAAGUGAUCAUCCCAAUGUAGAUCUUAUAUAUGGGUUGUCGAGAUCAUUUGGUUGGAAUACUGGCCAUUAUGAAGAGACAAACCCAAUGAGGUAUAGUGCUCGAAGCAUGACAAGGUCACCCAUGUAUUACCAAAAGCCAACCAAUCUUCAGCAGUUUUCCCCAAGAGCAAAUAAACAGCAAGCUAGCCCACAAGCUACUGUGGAGAGGAAGGUUAAUUUAAAUCGAUCGUCAAAACUUCCGAAUGCGAUUGUGAAAGAAAAACAACCAGAGAUGAACAACAACAAUAAAAAAGUUAAAACUGAGACGGUUGAAAAUCUUGGCAAUGAAUCUGCAAGCAACCCUUUAUUUGAAGGACUGCGCGAUACAAUAUAUUCCGAAGCUGCUGCACUUAUUUCACAAAAUGAGUGUCGGCCGCAUUUCCUGAUCGAAUUAUUCCGUGAGUUGCAGCAACUUAACAGUGAUUACUUGCGACAACACUGCUUGUAUGUUGUACGUGACAUUGUAAGUGGAUAUCUUACUGAGUCUCCAAGAGCAAGGAAAAGCAUCAGAAAGACAGGUGGUUUAUGCGAAGAAGUUGGAAAUUAUUCUGAGAACACACCAAGCGAAAGUAUGGUUCAGAGUGAUGAUAAUAACGGGCCCAGCAUGCCCACAACGGGGGCGACGUUACGUUACGAUUACGCACUCGAUGUUUCAAGUGGUAGCGAACUUUCGACCCCCAUUCCCUCAAUUGAUGAUGACGCUACAAACCCUUUUGCAACCGACUACCUUGGAAGCACGGUGGUUUAUCUGGAUGAAGCCAUGCAGAAGGUUAGAGAGAUGGAGAGAAUGAAACAAGAAGAGAAGGAACCAACAAAUACAAACGUUGGAAAUCGUGAUUAUGUGUCUCGGGUGGAAAGACUAAACAAAAUUGAUGCGAAACGAAUCGACACCUGUAUUAAGGGAAUAAUGGCAAAGAUAAUCCCAAUGAUGAAAAACAAUGAAGAGAUUUGUACAAUGGAUAAAAUGAAGGAGUUGUGUUCUUAUAUUGUUGGUUUGUUUGAAGUCGAAUACUUUGGACGUGUUACCUCUCAAGGAUUAACAUGGGAGAAUCUUCCGGAUCAAUUCCGCAUCCAACUGACGACCAUCCUCUUGGAUUGCACAGGGAAGUAUCUGGGAUUAUCUUUGGAUCAAAUAGGGGAGGACCUUGUGAUUGAUGUGUCCGAGGUCCUCUUUAAUGAGCUUGCAUUCGCUCUCAUGAUGAAGGAGAUGAGCAGGAGGAAAGAGGAGGAUGAGGGAGCAAGGAAGGAGAUAGAUGAUAGCAGCAGUGAUUCAUCCAACUCUGGUGAUGAUUCCGAUAAAGAUUCAGUUAAAAGUGAUGCCACAAAAUCAAGUGAAAAUAAUUUGUCAUCGCUGAGUGAAGAGGAAUCUGUAGCUGAUGAAAAUGUAGCUGGAAACACUGAUUCUGUGGUAGUUGACUUAUCAGUGAGUGAAACGAAACCCCUUACAAGUUAUGGUAGUGGUGAGGAUGAGGAGAUGGGUUCAGGGGAGGAAUAUGAAUAUAAUGAAGCUGAGGUAUCAACAUCUAUACAACAAGCUGCAAUGCAGAAAGAAGCUGGCUUUCUAGCAAGCUCCAAUCAGGGUAAUGUCUCAAACUUGGCCCAAGGUGAUGUCCCAACACUCUCACAUAAAGAUAGCAUACCACUCCCCACUCAGUUUGUUGAAGUUUCAAAUGAAGAAGAGAAAGAAAAAGAUGAACUUGAGGAAAAAGAAGAAGAAGAAUAUACUUCCGACAACGAAAAGGAAAAUGUUGAAACACCUGAGAUAAACGAUAAACAAGUUGAAGAAUAAGAUUUCUAUGAGUUGCCAUACUAACCAAUUGUACGUACAAACAUGUUGAGUUCUGUUUUUAAAGUUGCCAAGUAUGUUUUAAGCCAGAACUUGUCACUAUUUGCAUUCCAAUACGCCACAGUGCCAUCAUAAGUACAGACCUAUUAAAAUUGAUAACAUUGCAUUAUAUAAUGCAUAAAUAUGUUGUAAUACUUAAUUGCGUAAGUUGUUAAUGUUGUCUUCAAUUUUUGUAUUUAGUUUUCUUUAAACCAGUGCUUUUUAAUUUUUUUUUUGCAACUUAAAUAUCAAGCAUGAAACAAUAGCCCUGGCACCCUAAUUGAAAAUGUUUUUUUGGAAAAACAGUCAACAUGUUAUGUGAACCACUGUAGUAGGCAAACAACCAAAUUACAAUUUGCCAUUUCGAAACAGUAUAAAUGACAUUGUUAAACAAAUUUUACCUGUUAUUUUACAAAACAAUAAAAAGUUUUGUAAACAUAUGGCAACAUAGGUUUAACCAUUACAACCCAUUAAGAAGCACUGCUUUAACCCGGACAUAGAUUUACUAAUUUCCAGCAUUCAUAUAAAGUGUGCAAGAGUGACUGCCUAGUUUUAUUUGUAGUUGUAGCCAACAGUUCAUGUUGUUGCCAUAAAAAUACUUUAACUUCAAACAAGUUUUGCUAAAUUGUUAUUCAUUUGCCUAAACGGUUCUAUUUGUACCUUUUGAAGUAGAAUGUAUUUUACAGUAACAUUGUAAUUGUAGUUUAGUUAAAGUUUUUUAGCGUUCGUAUUCCUACUAAAAUAUUCAUAAACAGGUGAAUUUGGUGGUAAAAAAAAGUUCAAUAUUUUUUCAGAGGUGCUUACCCCAAAACUGUGAUAAUUAUAUUUUUGUAUCCAAAUUUGCUGACGAUUUUAAUGAAUAAAUACAACAUUGUGAUUUC